GGAAGUGAGUGGCAAGCCGUUGGAGGGACCCAUCCCAGAUGCCAUUGGGAACCUCACCGCACUCACUCAACUGCGUCUCACAAGCACCAAGCUCACAGGCUCCCUUCCACCCACCAUGCCUCGCCUCACCCGCUUAGAAGACCUAACUCUCAGUUUCAACCAUUUGUCAGGCUCCAUCCCAGAAGCCAUUGCUGACCUGGCUGCCCUCUCACGCCUGUCACUCGACAAUAACAAAAUCCGCAAGAUGCCGUCAUCCAUCAUCCGUCUCUCCAAUCUCACCUUGUUGAAACUUGGAGCUAACAAGUUAAAUGGCUCAACCCCGUUGACCAUAUUCCACCUCACCAAGCUCGCCUUGCUGGACCUUCGAUGGAAUAUGUUCUCAGGCUCCAUUCCUUCAGCAAUUGCUAACCUCUCUCUCCUCUCCUACCUGUCACUUGGCGGUAACAGGCUCACCGGCGCGAUCCCUCCAUCCCUCUUCCGCCUCACCAAUCUUGCCAUGCUAGAGCUCCGCUGGAAUCAGCUGUCGGGCUCCAUUCCUGCAGCCAUCUCUCGCCUGGCUGCCCUCUCACGCCU